GUUGCUGAAGUCGCUUGCUGAUGGCUGAUAACGGUCGAGUCGUGGUUGCUAUGGCCGAAGCAUCUCCAUGUCAACAAUAGAGGGGACAAACUUCUGUUGCCACACUGUAAAGGGCAUGAGAAGGUGAUGGCUGAAACCGCUGACAGCAAGAAAGAAGAGCCGGAUUAUAAAAGGCUUCACAGUUUCCCUCUGAUCCGGCACACAGACAUGCCCGAGGAGAUGAGAGUGGAGGCCAUGGAGCUGUGCGUAACAGCCUGCGAAAAGUUCACCACCAACAAUGAGAGUGCAGCGAAGAUGAUAAAAGAGUCCAUGGAUAAGAAGUUCGGGAGCUCGUGGCACGUGGUGAUCGGGGAGGGCUUUGGCUUUGAGAUCACGCACGAGGUGAAGAACCUCCUCUACAUGUUCUUCGGAGGCAGCCUGGCGGUCUGUGUGUGGAAGUGCUCUUAACACAGGGCCACGCUCACCCUCACCCUGUCACUCUACCCUCACCCUGUAACUCUACUGCGUGUGUGGGAGUGCUCUUAACACAGAGCCACCUUCACCCUGUCACUCUACCUUCACCCUGUCACUCUACUGCGUGUGUGGGAGUGCUCUUAACACAGGGCCACGCUCACCUUCACCCUGUCACUCUACCCUCACCCUGUCACUCUACUGCGUGUGUGGGAGUGCUCUUAACACAGGGCCACCCUCACCCUGUCACUCUACCCUCACCCUGUCACUCUACUGUGUGUGUGGGAGUGCUCUUAACACAGGGCCACUCCCGCGAGUCAUUCACCCUGUCACACUACUGUCACUCUACCUUUACUCUGUGUGUGUGCGUGCGUGCGUGCGUGUGUUUGUGUGUGUGUGUGUGUGUGUGUGUGUGUGUGUGUGUGUGUGUGUGUGUGUGUGCGUGCGUGCGCGUGCGCGCGCGCGCGCGCGUGUGUGUAGAUUUGGCAGGACCUGUUCAUCUCUCUGGGCAUCUGGGCCAUCUGUUACAGAAUGUUCCUCUUUCUCUCUCUAUUUAUUAUUCUUUUUUUAAUAAAUUGCCUCACUAUUCAUCUGCUGAUCUCAUCCUCGAGACAUCAUCCUGUUCUCACAAUCUGUCCUGUCUGGGGGUUUUCCUUUCCCAUACAUUUAGAAAAAAAAGAAUUUUAACUAUUAAAUGUUGUAAAUAUUUUAAUGCAAUUUUAAAGAAUAUGACUGACUUUUUAAAAACCAAUUGUCUACAAAAGUAUUAUUGUUAUUGUUAUUAUUAUUAUAGAUCAUGUACAUCCUAAAAGGGCUCAAUCAUUGAUAUCUUUAAGGAAGUUCCACUAACGGAACGGAGCUGUUCCGGAACCUCGCCGGGCCUGGCCAAUCAGGCUUUCUGGGUUACGGGAACUAUGCUAUGACAUCACAAACAUAGUGGGAGUUAGAGUGUAAAGGCUGAUUUUUUGCUUCGGUGUCCAAGUGUCUUGUAACAUGUCCGCAGACAAAAUAAUGAUGCAAAUUCGACACAUUUGACGUCAUCCUGACACUUGCACGUCAACGACAGAUGUUCUGUACCUGCAGAUUUUUGGCAACUUUUUGUUGUUUUUUGUUUACAUAGCUAGCUAGCAAAAUGGACUGCCAUGAGGAGCAGCUUGUUGCUAUAGUAAUAAAACUGUCUCUGAAGUAUAAAUGCAAAACAUUAUUCUGUCAGCAGACACUUGGUCGCAAGACACUUUGUUGCCAAAGCAUAAAUUAUCUUUUAAAAGACAGCAGUUUGCAAAUCACAGACCGUUUGUAAUCGAUGCAAAAAGUCCACGAUUCUUAUUGUGGAAAAUUCCAGAAAGAGCUUGUGCUAUCCAGAAGAGUAAGAGAAACCACUUGACUUCAUAAAUGGAUUACUUUAGUCUUACACGUUGUGUUCAUAAGGAGUAAACAGAUGGAUUUUGGCUUUUGGCACCGUUCAUGACCUACAAUCAAAAUACUUACUGUUUGAUUCCAUAAAAAAAAAACCCUGAGCGAGUAGCUGCCCUUCGGAUGUGUUGUGUAUGAAUCCUUGUGGCUGUGGUGCACUGUUUUGACCAACAGCAGGGCAGCAUUAACUGUGGUUUGUAUAUGUAAAGUUAAUGUUGUCAUCGAUGCCUGUAUCCAUCUCACCCCAACAUUGCUAAAGAGUUGUACUCGUACGCAGUGACUUGUAAACAUCCGCGAUUUGCCGUAGCCUGAUUGGUAGUACGAUGCCACCAUUUUACAGAAUAUGGGAACAUUCAUUUAUUUAUUUCUUUGGAAAGCUCACGCUCCCUCUCAUGGCAAGCGAUGGGUAGGUUACGAGGUCGUGGUUUCACGGUUUGGUCUCGUCCGGCUAAAAUGUGAGGCAGAGCCGUACUCAGGACUGCAGGACCGUUCCCAGCACUGAAUGGGGACGAAGAGGAGACCCAUUUUGUGGCGCCAUUUUGUUCUCGGUCACUGAACGGGUAGCGUAGCCAUCAAUAAUACAGGGUUAUCUCUCCACAUCACCUCCGCUUUAAACGCUAUCCUUUCCACCUGUUGUCCUCUCUGAACACACGUUCCACCAGUAAACCAGCUCAGUUGUUAACGUUCCAGUAUUGUAACAGUGCCAUUACUCUGGCAAUUGGGCAAGAUUGCCCUCGGUUUCCUGUUGGUGUCGUAGCAAGGAAAGACUGUCACUGUGUUGCGUUAAUUUUAUUAUAUUGACAUUGGGGCCUUUCAGUGUCGGCUCAAAUGAAGUGCCCCGCAGCAUCUUUUCAAUUUCUUAAAUUCUUUGUGGGGUGGUUGGCAAUGAUGAGGAAUAGAAAUACAGAAAAUUUUAGCUACAGAGGCUCCUUUGUUUUGGCAUUAGAGCCUUCCAAAGUUUCAGGGGAAAACACAACUUUUUAGUGGCCAUAGUUCUACAAGCAGACGGACAAAUCAAUUUAUAUUUGGUAUCUUGGGAGUACCUAGUGUGUAGAAUUCAAAUCUACUGUCAAAAAACAUUAAUCUAUUUUCUCAUUAAAGGUUUAGGGCCCUAAAGGUGAUAUUUUCUUCAACAGAAGCCUUUUUCGCGGGGGUCAUAUCUCAGAAAGUGGUGUACAGUUUUGAUAUCCCUUUUCGGGGGCGUAAAAAUAUGCGUAUAUUAACUUAAUUGCAUUUUUCAUGAACUUUACCAUUAUACCUAUUUGAAUUUUUAUAGGAGACAGGUCUCUCGUAAGACUUCCACAGACCAAUAAGAAAUUGUAUUUCAUGCUACUUGGCACUUUUUAAGUGAUGGCGCCCUGAAUUAGAAGGCUCUAGCACAAAAACGAAACAGUGUAUGAAGCUCAAAUUUUCUGGAUUUCUUUUCCUCAUCAUUGCCUACCACCACACAAAAAUUUAAGAAAUUGAAAAGAUGCCGCGGUGCUCUUCAUUUGAGUUGACACGGAAUGGCCCAUUGCCAUUUUCUGUUGUGUUGCCAUGAAUGAUCUCUGUAAUACUGUUUGAACUGAAUCGUUGUAUAAUAAAACCUGAAUUUAAUUACA